CCCUUCUCCAGAAUGAGGAAGGAGGCUCAGCGGCCACCGCGGGUUGGGGACGCAGCAAGGGGUUUUCGAGUGCCUUCCCACGCUCAGCGGCCCCUCUGAACCUCGGCUGGACACCUCACAGCCAACCUGUCGGGCCGGGUCCGGGCAGGUUAGGGGUGGGCGGGAGCCUCCUCCCCUCCGCCCUCCACCCUCCGCGGCCCCGCCCAGUUCCCAGCAGAAGGCCUCUCCGAAGCCCCAGCCGGCUCCCCGGGGCCCCAGGCGGCCCGGCACAGUCCUUGGGGGACAAAUUCCCCAGACCUGGGCAGCCGGCAGGGCUGGGGGUGCCCUGCGCAGUGAGGGGCCAGGGCGAUGCCCCCUGGUGCCCUCUGAGGCACCCCCACCAUGGCCCACUCGCUGGCCUGGUCCUGCUGUCCCUGGUGCCUGACGGAGGAGGAGAAGACUGCGGCCAGGAUCGACCAGGAGAUCAACAAGAUUCUCCUGGAGCAGAAGAAGCAGGACCGAGGGGAGCUGAAGCUGCUGCUGCUGGGGCCGGGCGAGAGCGGCAAGAGCACGUUCAUCAAGCAGAUGCGCAUCAUCCACGGCGCCGGCUACUCAGAGGAGGACCGCAGGGGCUUCCGGCCGCUCGUCUACCAGAACAUCUUCGCGUCCAUGCAGGCCAUGAUCGAGGCUAUGGAGCGGCUGCAGAUCCCCUUCGGCAGGCCGGAGAGCAAGCACCACGCCAGCCUAGUCAUGAGCCAGGACCCUUAUAAGGUGACCACGUUCGAGAAGCGCUACGCAGUGGCCAUGCAGAGUCUGUGGCAGGAUGCGGGCAUCCAGGCCUGCUAUGAGCGCAGGCGCGAGUUCCACCUGCUGGACUCCGCCGUUUACUACCUGUCCCACCUGGAGCGCAUCACUGAGGAGUGUUACAUUCCCACGGCCCAGGAUGUGCUGCGGAGCCGCAUGCCCACCACCGGCAUCAAUGAAUACUGCUUCUCUGUGCAGAAAACCAACCUGCGGAUCGUGGAUGUCGGCGGCCAGAAGUCGGAGCGCAAGAAAUGGAUUCACUGCUUUGAGAACGUCAUCGCCCUCAUCUACCUGGCAUCGCUUAGCGAGUACGACCAGCGCCUGGAAGAGAACAACGAGGAGAACCGCAUGAAGGAGAGCCUGGCCCUGUUCGGGACCAUCCUGGAGCUGCCCUGGUUCAAAAGCACCUCGGUCAUCCUGUUCCUCAACAAGACCGACAUCCUGGAGGAGAAGAUCCCCACCUCCCACCUGGCCACCUACUUCCCCAGCUUCCAGGGCCCCCAGCGGGACGCGGAAGCCGCCAAGAAAUUCAUCCUGGAAAUGUACACGGGAAUGUACUCGGGCUGCGUGGACGGCUCCGAGGGCAGCAAGAAGGGCCCGCGCUCCCGCCGCCUCUUCAGCCACUACACGUGCGCCACGGACACGCAGAACAUCCGCAAGGUCUUCAGGGACGUGCGGGACUCGGUGCUGGCCCGCUACCUGGACGAGAUCAACCUGCUGUGACCCACGCCCGAUGCGCAGGGACGUCCCUGCCACUCGCAGAGAGGUCCUCCCUGGCUCUUCCUGGCACAGCGCCUCCCUGGACUCGGUUUACCGCUUUGGAGAGGAGACGGAGCAGGAUGGCCAUUGGGGACGCCGCGGGGAGCCAAAGGCGAAGACAUCGGGGACCGAAGACGUGCACGGGUGGGCGUGUCCCGGGCGGGGAUAGGGCGCUCCCUGGGCUGCCGCUCACCUGCCUUCGCGGAAACCGCCUUCGGGGGCGGACUCGGGCGCCCCCUGGUGGGCAAUGGCGGGAACGCCUUGCUGAACGCUUCUCGGCCCGAGGGCUCGGUGGGUGAACUCUUGCAGGACUUCUUUUCCUAGCGAGGGCACAAGAUCGCCGAAAAGUGCUAGCCCUUCCAGAGCCGCUAGCCUCAGUGUCUUGUCCUGGUUUGCAGAGGAGGGAAACCGAGGCACACAUCAGGGUUUUCCCGCCUUCCUAGGCUGGGAUCCAGGCAUACAACGUGAAAAUAGCCUUCUGUAUUUAUUCCCUCGCUUUUCGAGGUAGACAUUAAAGAAAGGACACUCCAGA